AUGAUGCAGCCGUUUGUUAUCAUUGCUGACGGGUCUAAAGACCUUAAAGAUGGAGAUGGUGUCGACCGCUACCGUAGUGAUAUUAAGAAUUCCCUGCAAUUCAAUCUUGCUGUUGGAUAUUUGGCAGCUGGAUGCACGUUUCGUCAGAGUUCUCAUAUUUUGCUGUCUACGAAAGAUUUGACAAGAUUGGCUUCGAUUAGGUGUUCCAGUGACGCAACUGUAGCCAAGUAUGCUCGGUUUGAUGUUGUCAUCAACUUACAAAAGAUUGUAGAGUUGUUAAAGCAGUCUUGGACGUUCUCUAUUGCACUGGAUAUGUCGACACACAUGCGCACUUCGUAUCUGGCCAUCCGUCUCCUUUAA